UUGUACAUUUAUAAACACUGUUAUUGGUCCAGUUUAUGAACAAAUAUGAGGAACCAUGGGCUCUGAUGGCUAUGACCCAGAGCCAAUGGCUGCUGUUUGGUUUUCUGAUUCAGCGACGACAGGCUAAGAUUCUCACUGCUGAUCCUUUUUAAAUGGAGAAAGACGGGGGGAGUAGAGUUCAGUAUUGUAUGAGAAUUAUUCAAACAAAUGUUUAUUUGGUUUCCUCCCUGUCCUCAGAAUGUCUGGAGGAGUUGGGUUGUUUGAUAGAGGGCUAUGGGAUGAAUGUAUGUCAGCCGACUCCAGCCAAGUCUUUGAAGGAGAUUGCCGUUCACAUCGGGGACAGAGACACGUCUGUCCGCAAUGCCGCUCUCAAUACUGUGGUGGCUGUCUACAACGUGAGCGGGGACCAAGUCUACAAACUAAUAGGAAAUUUGUCAGAGAAAGACAUGAGCAUGCUGGAGGAAAGAAUCAAGCGUUCAGCGAAGAAGGCUGCUGCAGCUUCUGCCAAGCCCAGCGCCGCAGAGAGGACCCAGAGGGAGCCCCCCGCUAACCCCAAUGCCACCUUCCGCCGCAAGCCUGCACAGGAAGACCCCAACAAACUCAAGUAAGUCUGAGUUAGGGCUGUCACUGUUAGC